CGGUUUACGUCAUACAGUAAAGAUGGCGUCUUACUGAAGCGCACCAUGCUUUAUUGUUGAUAAAACAAUAUAUUGUUAUUUUACCUCAAAAAAUCACACCAGGAUCGGAAAAAUGUCAAGGUUAAUAGUCAAGAAUCUCCCAAAUGGGAUGAAGGAAGGUCGCUUCCGUAAGAUGUUUGCGGAUUUUGGGACGCUUACAGAUUGUACGUUGAAAUUCACCAAAGAUGGCAAAUUCCGCAAAUUUGGAUUCGUUGGUUUCAAGACGGAAGAAGAUGCAGAUAAAGCUCUGAAACAUUUCGACAAGAGCUUUGUGGACACAUCUAGAGUUACUGUGGAAUCCUGCACAGAUUUUGGAGAUCCAAACAAAGCCAGACCUUGGAGCAAACACACACGUCAACCAUCAGCAAACAAAGUUACAGAAGAACAAGAAUCAUGUGAACAACUAGAACAAAAGGAAGAUUCAUUGAAGCAGCAGAAGAAGCCUUUGAGUAUUCUUCUUAGAGAUCUUCAAAAAGACAAGAGCUUCCAGGAGUUCCUGGCUGCACACCAGAAACGCACACAGGUGCCCACGUGGGCCAAUGACACAGUGGAAGCGGCUUCUAUUGAAGCUGAAAAAGAGAAGGAGAAAAAGAAGAAGGAGGAGCAGAAGAAGCAGAAGCAGAAGAAAGCGCCUGUUCAGGAUGAUUACCUGAACUUUGACUCUGAUGAAUCAGAGCAAUUGAGUGAUGAUGAGGAUGCUGCUGAUGAAGAGGACAAACAAGAUACCGCUAAGAAAGCCUUAAAGAAAGAUCUAUCUGACAUGGACUAUCUUCGCUCCAAAAUUGUGGAGAAAUCAGACAUGGUGGAUGAAAAAGAGAUGGAAAAGAAUGAAGAGGACAGUGCCAAUGCUGCCGAUGAGGACGAGGAAGAGGAAGAGGAAGAGGAAGAGUCCCUGGUCCAGCACACAGACAGUGCAUAUAAGCCAGCAGCCCAGAACAUGAUUGAGUCGAGCACAGGGUUCACAGUCAAGCUACGAGGUGCUCCAUUCAACGUCAAAGAGCAACAAGUGAAAGAAUUUAUGGUGCCUCUGAAACCUGUUGCCAUUCGAUUUGCCAAAAACAAGGAUGGGCGCAACACAGGUUACGUGUAUGUGGACCUGCGCUCAGAAGCAGAGGUCGAGAGGGCCCUGCGCCUGAACAGAGACUACAUGGGGGGGCGCUAUAUCGAAGUGUUCAGAACCAACAACUUUAAAAACAAAAUGCCUGCGAAGGAAAGCAAAAAGGAGAGAAAUUUUGUGCGUGAGCUGAGGGACGAUGAGGAAGAGGAAGACGUGGCGGAAUCGGGAAGACUUUUCAUCAGGAACCUGCCCUACACAUGCACUGAAGAAGAUCUGAAAGAAGUCUUCAUCAAACAUGGUCCUAUUUCUGAGGUGCACUUCCCCAUAGACAGUCUGACUAAGAAGCCCAAGGGCUUUGCCUUUGUGACAUACAUGAUACCAGAGAACGCAGUCUCAGCCUUGACUCAACUGGACGGCCACGUAUUCCAGGGGCGGGUUCUGCAUGUCAUGGCUUCAAGGCUGAAAAAGGAAAAUCCCGAUCAGGGGCCCAACACUCCAGGCAGCUCCUCAUUUAAGAGAAGUAAAGAUGCCAAAGACAAAUCAGCCAGCGGCAGCUCUCAUAACUGGAACACACUGUUUUUGGGCACGAGCGCAGUGGCCGAUGCCAUCGCUCAGAAAUACAACACAACCAAGAGCAAAGUGUUAGAUCACGAGUCUGAUGGCAGUCUGGCUGUGAGGAUGGCCCUCGGAGAGACGCAGAUCGUUCAAGAGACCAGACUGUUUCUCCUGGAAAAUGGAGUGUCCCUGGACUCAUUCAGUCAGGCAUCAGGUCAGCGCAGUAACUCUGUGUUCCUGGUGAAGAACUUGCCCUCAGGCGUGCAGGUCGGAGAGCUUGAGGCUUUGUUCUCGCCCCAUGGAUCUCUGGGAAGAGUUCUGCUGCCCCCAUCUGGCCUCACUGCUAUAGUGGAGUUCCUGGAGCCCACCGAAGCCAAACGGGCUUUCAUGAAGCUUGCAUACACAAAGUUCCAGCAUGUUCCCUUGUAUCUGGAGUGGGCUCCUGUAGCGGUCUUUACAACUCCUCCAAAACCUAAACCAGAGCCUCAAACCAAAAAUGCAAAUGCUGAGAACAAUGACUUGGCCAAAAAGGAAGAGGAGGAGGAGGAGGAGGAGGAGGAGGAGGAGGAGAUUUUGCCUGGCUCGACUCUCUUCAUUAAGAACAUCAACUUUGACACCUCAGAGGAAACAUUACAAGAGACAUUUUCUAAAUGUGGUGUGGUGAAUAGCUGCACAAUAUCAAAGAAGAGAGAUAAAGCAGGUCAAAUGUUAUCAAUGGGUUAUGGAUUUGUUCAGUACAAAACUCCAAAGGCAGCACAGAAAGCCAUGAGAAAACUGCAGCACUGCACAGUUGAUGGGCACCAGCUUGAGAUAAAAAUAUCAGAAAGAGAAGUCAAGUCAGGUGUGGUGGAACCCAAGAGGAAAAAGCAAACCUCCAGGAAACAGAGGACUUCUAAGAUCCUGGUGCGAAACAUCCCCUUCCAGGCCACAGUGAAAGAACUGCGAGAACUCUUCUGUACGUUUGGAGAGCUGAAGACAGUCCGCCUGCCAAAGAAAGGGAUCGGUGGAGCCCACCGUGGUUUUGGCUUCAUUGACUUCCUCACUAAACAGGAUGCCAAGAAAGCGUUCACGGCGCUGUGCCACAGUACCCAUCUGUACGGCAGGAGGCUGGUGUUGGAGUGGGCAGACGCAGAGGACACUGUGGACGACCUGCGACGAAAAACCGCACAGCACUUUCAUGAUGCUCCUAAGAAGCGGAGGAAGGCGGAGGUGUUAGAGGGAAUCUUGGAGCAGAUGGAGGUCGGGGAGGAAGACGGGGAGUGAAUAGCAGCCGUCAGUCACCUCCAGCAUCAAUAAGAGACUAAAUCAUCCAGUGGAACUCCAUUUAUCUCUAUUAUGACUCCGUCUUAAACAGCUGCUUCACGGUCUCUUCAGGAAUUCUUCCUUUUGGCCCCAGAUGCUCCCAAUUAGCUUUUUAUUAUAUGCUCAUACAUCAUCCCUGUUAUUGCUGUCAAUGUAUUAAACACAGCGUCUCCCCGCAGACCAACUGCGGCUGAAGGUGAA